GCACAAUUGGUGCUUGAAUCAGUGUAUUGUGAUAGUUAAAGGACGAUACGACAGAGGCAAAGAAGAGAGAGAUGGCUGACGAGAAGCCCACCUUCAUCCCAGCAACACAGCGGCCUGAUGGCACCUGGCGCAAGCCACGGAGAGUGAGGCCGGGAUACAUCCCACCUGAGGAGCGGGAGGUGUACGAGAGCUCAGGCCGCAAGUUUGUGCGCGAGCGUGAGGAGAUGGGCGUUGUCGGCUUCCAGCCCCUGAACAAGCCCACCGACAAGAAGAAGAAGAAAAAGUCCAAGGCAAAGAAAGCUGAAGGCGAAGCCGCUUCAUCGUCCUCGACGGCACCAAAGAAACCCGAGGAACCCAAGCAGGAUCUGGCGAAGGUUCACCGGAAGCUCACAAAGAAGCUCCGCGAGAUCGAGCGGCUGGAGGAGCGAAAGGCCGGUGGGGAGGCCCUGGAUGCCGAUCAGCUGCAGAAGCUCCAAACAAAGGGCGACAUCGAGAAGGAGCUCGCCUCCCUCAGGAUCUAGCACGCGUGCUCUCUCUCUCUCUCUCGUGUAUGUGUGUAUCGUGUCUGUCUGCCUGUCUGUCAGCCUGUCUGUCUGUCUGUCUGCACGUGCACACUUUGAGUCUGUUCCCUGUGCUCCACAUCCUUCCCUCCUCCUUUCACCUCCAUUUCCCUCCUUUUCCUCCCCCCCCCCUUCUCUCUUUUCCUCAGUUCUCUCGUUGAAUGAAACCAAUGCCUGUGUAUUGGGAACGGUGAUUCUGAUAUUGCACCAUGACCAUGGUGGUGAACGCGUGUUAGGAGCAGGAAAGCAGGAGCAAUGCGCCCGUAAAACCAGUGGCGUGACGUCAACAGAAUGACAACAACACCCAUGCAGACGCAUUUGCAACCCAGGAAAGUUAUGUGCAUGUGCAAUAAAGGAGGAAAGCUAGUAAAGGUGCACCAAACACG